AUGGUUGCGUUCUUCUACCUACUCGUUGCCACCAGCAAGUUCGUUACCGCCGGAGCCGUUCAAUGCUUUCAAUGUGAAAGCCAGUACGGUGGUGUUAAAUGCAAUACACCAUGCACCGGUGACGUAUGCGUUGUAUGGAAAUGGCGAACAAAAUCGGAGCUCCUAGUGAAACAGGGAUGUGUCUCUGGCGUCGAUCCACAGUUCACAGCCAAAAUUGGAUGCCGGACCAACUUUUUGGGUGCAUCUUUGUGCCUUUGCAACGAUGGUGACCUUUGCAAUGACGUGGAACGCAAGGAGAAUACGAUGAAGCCACUUCCAAUCGUACGUCUACCUGUAGUGGAAUGCGUCAGAAAAGUGACUGGCACAGGAAUUUUCGGGUCGCCUCGUGAACAUAUCUGCUCUUCAAACUAUUGCCAUAUGACGAGAACAGAGUCAUAUUCGGAAGACUUCCCUCCAGAUGUUAUGACAGUGUAUAAUUGCGGAGAUAUAAGCGAGUUCGAUUUUGAUCUUCGCUUAAAAAACACCAUAGAUUUUCCCGGACUGUAUGCAAAUGGUUGCUAUCGUAUACAAUAUCAACCCAAAGAAAGCUUUACGGAUUGCGUUUGUUCAAAGAACAAUUGUAACGUUGCCUUGCCAGUCGUUCAAUCUGGACCAGUCCGCUGCUAUAUCUCACAUGGUGCCAAAAAUGAGAGCGUGGUAGAUAAAAAUCACUUUUGCGAUGGCGACUACUGUUUCAUUCAAAAACAUAAGGACAAGUACACUAAAGGAUGUAUAUCGGUUAACGAGCGAAAUAGUUGGAGUCAUUUACGGAAUGGUCAUCGUCACAUACUGGGAGUGGACCAAUGGCUAUGUCAACAUCACCUCUGCAAUUAUGAUCUCACUCGAGUUGCUCGAGCGAUCGCACCUUCGCAGAAAUCGUUGUACCGACUCAAUGGCAUCGCAAAGACCUGUCCCUUCUUUACUGUAUUCUUGUUUACUUGUGUUCACUUGGGAAUGUUGUAGUAACGCUGGUAUGUGGCUAUGUUGAAAAAAGAGAAAAAUAUAAACUUUAUUG